GAGUGGGCGUCGAAAGGCACUUCCGCCGCCACUCCGAUUGGCCUGUUGGGCCGCGGCUCAAAUGGCUGGGUGAAAGUUCUCCAGCUUCCAAUCUUUCGCCGCUCAAACAACCACACCUACACCAAUCUUCCCAACGCACCACAACAUCUUCAGAUAAACGCCAAGCCAUCAUAAUGCAAAGAACGAUGCUCCGUCUCCCGCGCCGGGUGUCCCGCCGCACAAUCCCCACCCGCUGCCUCAGCACAACAGCACGCCACUCCUCUCAAACCUCUCCCUUCGACAGCAGUCCCGCACCACCGCGUCUCCCAAAAGAAGAACAGGAAAUCUUCGAGCGCCUCCAGCGGCAAAGCACUGGCGCGUUUAGCACCCCACGUUCCGAACCCUCCACCGACAUCCGCGCUCGUAUAAACCAAUCCCCGGACUCUGCCUCCUCCUCCUCGUCCUCGUCCGCCGACAUCCGCAUGCGCAUAAACCUGUCCCCGGACUCCUCCUCCGCAUCAGAGAAUACUGAGGUGAACGUGCAAGCAGGAGCCAGGAUACCGGAGGGCGAAGAAGUGCAUCCGAAUCUGCGGAAGGGCGCGCCGCCGGAGUUUGAGGGCGAGGUUAAUCCGCGGACGGGGGAGGUCGGCGGGCCGAAGAAUGAGCCGUUGAGGUGGGGCGCGGGGAGCGAUUGGAGUUAUAAUGGGAGGGUUACGGAUUUUUAGGGGGGUGUGGAGGGGAAGGGAGAGGGGAAGGCUAAAGGGAUGUGUACGAUAUAGAGUCUGCCCCCGGGGCUCGGAGUGCUGUGGGCAACGCUGAAGACAUGGCGGAUGUACGAGAGAUGUCGUAGCGGGCUACAAAUGCCUGCUUUGCAAAUUCACAACACUCAAUUGCAACGAUCGGAAGGGACAGGACAGUUCGCAACAUACCUACGCCGUACUUCGUGUCAUGAAUCAUUAGGCGUAGGUCGAAGCAGCAAAAUUGGCCGAGAUCCUGAAGGUUGUGGGCGGCGUCGGGGAUUCCUUCAAAAUGGCCUGAUCUUUUGGCCCAAACAGCCUUGCACAGCAAGUCUGUGCUGUGGCAUAAGCUUCUGUAAGCUUUCUUGGAUAUUAUGCUGCAGUGCUUAACCCCCGAGCUAACG